GCGCGUUGCCUCCAGCUACGCUGUCAGCAGCCCAGGGGUUCGUGUUCUGACGUAGCGCAGCCGACGCUCUGUUUGAAAAUCGUGGAUGGUAUUGUUUGAACUUUGGAACGAUUUCUGGGAGGCUUCCAACUGGACCAAGACCCACAUGGUUUGGAAUGUAUGCAGAAUGAUCUCCACCGUCCUAUCUCGGCUGAUCAUCUUGCUCUUCGGCGUGCUGUACCCUGCGUAUGCAUCCUACAAGGCUGUCAAGAACAAGGAUGUCAGGGCCCAUCUACAGUGGAUGAUGUAUUGGAUAGUCUUUGCUUUCUUCACCUGCAUCGAGACAGUUUCUGACAUCUUCAUUUCAUUUUGGAUGCCAUUUUACUAUGAGUUCAAGAUCUUGUUUGUUCUAUGGCUCCUGUCACCUGCAACCAAAGGAUCCAGUAUCCUGUACCGACGUUUUGUUCAUCCACAGCUUGUUGAACGCGAGCAGGAAAUAGAUGAACUGAUCGAGAAGGCGAAGGAGCAAGGCUACGCUACCAUGUUGCUUCUGGGCAGCCGUGGUCUGAGUUAUGCCACCAGCGUGGUGCUCCAAACAGCCAUCAAAGCCCAAGAAGCAAUCGCAACACACAAGAUUAGUGGUAUAGCAGGGACUCGGAACAGACUGGCCAGACCAGAUGGCAUUGCACUUGGUUGGGCGGACAUGGACAGUGAUUCGGAGAACCUACCAGAGAUGUUGGAGGACCCUUUCGCACCUGAACCAUUUGUGGGAGCUGGGGACAGCUUGGACAUUGACAACAAUGUGUAUGGUGAAAAUCUAGACCCCCAUGAUGAAGAACUCAGCGUAUCACCUUGCCCAGUUCCAGCCAAGGCACCACGCCUGUCCAACAAGAAUCGUAAUCGCAACACGGCUAAAACAACUGACUGUACUGGACCAACCCGCCGGUCAUCGCGAGCAUCCAAGAAUGCGAGCAAGAAAUGAGGCCUUCCGUCCUUCAGAACCACGUUUGGGCCAUCUGUCUUUCUGGGCGGAUAACUGUGUGAUUACUGCUGCAGUCAGAGUGUGCCUUCAUUUUUUUUUGUAUUACAAAAACAGAAAAGAAUAAAAAAUUUUUUUUUUUUUUUUUGCUUUGUGAGCAGUACUUUAUUUACUGCAGAAAACCUUUUUGUGUGGUUGUAGAAUGUUUUAGGGCUAGUUUGACUUAACUUGUUACCGCUGCAUUACAUUGUGUUCAUUUCCACUGUCUAUGCAUUGUCUUGUCCAUUUUGUUAAUAAAAAAUAGCAAAUGUUGGGACAUUAGCACAGUUAGCAGCAUUGUUUGCUAUUCUUAUACCGACAUCAUGUAUCCCACGUAUUGUGUUUUUUCUACAUUUGCAAAUAUAGGCUGUAACUCAAGAAAGAUGGGUUGGUUUGUUUGCUGGCCUAAAAAGAUUGACACUAUAAGUGCACUUGCCACUAUUUUCUUGUUCGCUGUAUUUUAGUGCCAUAAAUCCAGCUUCUGUGGUGCAGACUGUAGCCUAAACUAUGCAGUUCUUGUCAGUGGAAUGCGUAAGUAACAAUAAACUUACUGUGAUAUAUUUUUUCUAGAGAAGGGGCACAUUUGUAGUUGCAGUGUGUAUGUGUGGCACUUGCAGCUAUUUGGACGCCUAUGUAAUCUCAUUUUGAGUCGCGUACGUUGCUUUGAGUGCAUACAUGCUAGGUGAAGUCACACACGCUAAACUCAGUAAUGUGCGCUAUUGACAUUAGAGCAGUUGAUUCACUUGUUACUAAUCAAGUUGUUGUCAUAGUCCUUUUAGCUGCCACAGUUGUGGAUGAGACACUUGUUUGGCAUGCUGCCGAACUCAGACGCAACAUUAAGGGGUAAUGGUUGUGGCUAGAAUGCAAUAUUUGUGACUGUGUUUCCAUGAUGUGUUUACACUGUAAAUAUAUGGACUCAGUGCUGCUAAAAGCAUAAUGUGAAUCAUGCUCAGUAGGAGCCUAGUGACUGAUAUUUUUCCCAUUUUGACUGCAUCACUUGUGCCUACAGUCUUAUGUGUUCAUUAGAGCCACAUCUGAGUGUUCUCGAACACCUUUGGCCAAGCAAUUUACAAAUAAUUGUGGCUAUGAAGAAAAAGUUUCUUACAUGUAGCUAUCUGCACAUGCUACAGGAUAGAGCAAAAUUUAUAUUUAUAUUCAUAUUGCCUUGUCAACUGAUGGUAUGGAAGUGUAUUAUAAUCAAAAAGAUGCAUAUGCCCUGCUAGCCCACGAGUGCUGUAUGCCCGCGAGCUGUCAGGGAUGACUCGUGGGUAUACCAGGCUGUGAAAGCAGUUAACUAGAGUACAGUGAACUCUAGUCAGCGAAAAUUCCUCAUGGGUAUUACACCAUACGAAGACGUAUUUUGCACUUAGCCAAAGAAUAUCUCUUGACUACGGCAUAAAGACACAAGUGUAAAUUUACUCGUAUAUAUAGUAGGACCACAAAGGCUUUUUUUACACUCAAUUUUCGCAUUAUCAGUCUAUUUUUUUCAUCUUGCCGUUAAAAAUGUGUUCCGUUUUUGUGGUGUGCAGUUUACCCAACUGUUUUUGAAAAUAAAUUUUGUAUUACAUUAUUUCUGUGUUCUACAUAAUGUUAUUUUCUUUUUGGCAGAUUUAUUGGUUAAUAGUGCUCCAUUGUGCAUUGGUUUUAAGAGCCAUGAUUUCUACUGUACUAUACCUUUUUAUAUUACAAUACAAUGUUGAACAUUG